GACGCCCUUUGAUUUUUCAGGAAUCUUCGUCUUUGAGAAACAUACCGGUGGUGAUUAUGUCGUCGGAGAAUGUGCCUUCAAGAAUUAGCAGAUGCUUGGAGGAAGGAGCAGAGGAGUUUUUUCUCAAGCCAGUGAGGCUGUCGGAUUUGAACAAGCUUCGACCCCAUUUGAUGAAGACAAGGUUGAAAGAACAAAAGCCUGAGACGCAAGAAAAUCCUGAAACCCCACUAGUUAGACCAGAAGAAAAUCAAAUUGCUGUGCAGCAACCUACACCACAGCCACAACUAGAUCAACAACAACCACAAUCACCACAAGCAGCCGGUAGUAACAAGAGAAAGGCCAUAGAACAACAGGGGCUUUCACCUGAGACUGACAGAACGAGACCAAGAUACAGUGACAUAGCCACAGUUGUGUGAUCAAUCAUGUGAAGUAUAUUUCUGAAAUUACAAUAUGUAAUUCUCAUAUGACCCUUUUUUUUUUUUCUGUUUUUUAAAAUCCUUUUAAAGUCUUAACUCCAGUGUUGGAUAAUAGAGGCUUUAUACGACUGUAGAGAGAGUUGCCUCCUGUACAAUCUCCUGGAAAAUCCGCUUCCAAUUUUGUUUCCUCAAAUAUACCAACAAAAAAG